AUGCUUCCCGGGAUGCUCUUCAACAUCCCCCGCUUUUUCGACUGGAUUUCUGAGGUUCAUGAGGCCAACGAUCUGACUUUCGCUUUCAAAGGGCCUUGGUUUAGUGGAACAGACAUGUUGUUCACUGUUGAUCCAAGGAACAUCAACCACAUGCUUAGCUCAAAUUUUUCGAAUUACCCUAAAGGACCUGAGUUCAAGAAGAUCUUUGACAUCUUGGGAGAUGGAAUCGUAGCCGCUGAUAUGGAGUUAUGGGAGGAUCUGAGGAAGUCAGGUCACGCCUUAUUUCACCAUCAAAACUUCUUGAAGCUUUUAGUAAGUAGCACUACAAGUAAGUUAAACGAUGAUCUUGUUCCAUUUCUUGAGAAAGCUUCUGUGGAAAACAUUGUCAUAGACUUGCAAGAUGUGUUCCAGAGAUUCAUGUUUGAUACUGCCUCGAUUUUGAUGACUGGUUAUGAUCAAAUGUCUCUAUCCACUGAGUUUGGUGAAGCUGCGGAGUUCACUGAAGAAGCUAUCUUCUAUAGACAUCUCAAACCGGUGAUCUUGUGGAGGUUUCAAAACUUUAUUGGUGUUGGAAUUGAGAGGAAGAUACGAACUGCUUCGGAGGUUUUCAAUCGUAUGUUUGCAAAGAUAAUAUCCUCAAGAAGAAAAGAAGAGAUGAGUAGCGGGAAAAAAGAGCCAGCGAUUAACGCAGUAACAUAUUAUUUGAAUGCAGAUACAGCCAAAUAUAAGCUGUUGAAACCUAGUAAUGAUGAGUUUAUAAGAGACGUUGUUUUGAGUUUAUUGUUAGCGGGAAGAGACACCUCAAGCUCAGCUCUCACUUGGUUCUUCUGGCUUCUUUCUAACCAUCCUAAAGUUAUGUCCAAAAUCAGACAAGAGAUCAAGACAAACUUUGAUCCCACAGAUUUAGAGAAGCUCGUGUAUCUACAUGCUGCAUUGUCUGAAUCAAUGAGACUUUACCCACCAGUUCCCUUCAACCAUAAGUCUCCUGCAAAGUCAGAUGUGCUUCCAAGCGGGCACAAAGUUGAAGCAGAUUCGAAGAUUGUGAUAUGUAUGUACGCAUUGGGUAGGAUGAGAUCGGUAUGGGGAGAAGACGCAUUGGAUUUUAAACCAGAGAGGUGGAUUUUAGAGAAUGGAGGACUCAAACGUGAACCUUCAUCCAAGUACUUGGUUUUUAAUGCAGGUCCAAGAACUUGCAUGGGUAAACAUUUAGCUCUUUUGCAGAUGAAGAUGGUAGCUGUGGAGAUCAUACAAAACUAUGAUUUCAAGGUCGUUGAAGGUCAGAAGAUUGAUCCAGUUCCUUCUGUCAUUCUCCGAAUCAAACAUGGUCUUAAAGUUACAGUCAGUAAGAAUAUAUGA